UAAGGUAAAGGUAAAGCAAUUUUGGAUAUUGUGAGUGGGUCUUCCUCAAGUCUUCGCGCCGUGCUUGAGGCACGACAAUAUAGAGGGUUGCUCAUCAAACCCGAUGAGCUCGACCUUUACGAAUCAGGAGGAUGGGUAGUAGCGAGACAUUUGUGACAUACCGCUUUAUCAACGCUGUUCAGGAUCAGACAGAUUGUGAAGCAGUACGCUAGCUAUUACCAGCGAUGCUCGAGUACUACUGAGCGGGAAGAGGUCCAGUUACAUCAUUCCGGUCGUGUAACGUAAGAUAUACUCAGGGCACAUACUAUCCUCCGUCGCGCCAAAUGUACAAUACUCCACCCGCUCACAGCGGUCUCUUUAUUAUGAACCAUCCUAAGGAUCAAGAUGGCUCCGAGCCCCUUACCAAGCAAGAUGCUCGUUUGCUUCGCCGCUAUGGAAAGCUCCCAGCAAGAGAAGAUCUGCUUAACCACCAACUCGAGCGACGCAAGUACUUUGACUCGGGUGACUUUGCUCUGUCGCAUGCGCAUAGAGUAUCCGACAUUGGCCACAUACAGACCGGAAUAGAGCACCCUCUUUGCGGGAGCAUAUCUCAUCCCUCGUCUCCUGCACCUGCCGGUUGCAAUGUUCAAAACGUUCCCAACAAGCAAAAGAAAGGUGUGGAGGAAGUGAACAAAGCAGGAGAAACUAGCAACCUUCAUCAGCACACGAGUGCUAAUGUAAUCGACCAAGCACAAUAGUACACAUAGUGCAACCUACAGCACACUUGAAUCUAGCAUGUGGACUUACAGACCUGCAGCCACUA